UUUCUUUACGGUCUACUCUGCUGGAGGACAGUGACGGAGGAGGGUGGAGCCCACCUCUAUGUGUUUUAUCGGACAAAACAAGCCAAGUCACAGCACUCUAUCGUCCUGGAACACGUAGUACUCCCCGAAUUUUCCCUGCCUCGACAAAUAAAUGCUCAGCAUAGGCAUCAGAGAAAUAAAACACGCGAAAAACAAGGAUCAUUUUGCAAACGGAAACAAAAGCGCAUUAGCCAUACAGCGCACGGAGCCUCUCAAUGCAUACCCUCUGUGCCCGAGGAACGAUGAAGCCAGAGAUAAACGCAGCCGUCGGGUUUCUGUCGAGAUUCCUGCGGAUUAAAGGACAUGUGAACGACAGACAGCUCCAAACGUUCAGCCAGACUCUACAGGACAUCCUGGCAGAGCAAUACAAGCACCACUGGUUCCCAGACCGUCCCAACAAAGGCUCUGGGUAUCGCUGCAUACGCAUCAACCACAAGAUGGACCCUCUGGUUGGACAGGCCGGUCAGCGCAUCGGCCUGAGCAUCCAGCAACUCUACCUGCUGCUUCCCAGCGAGCUCACAUUGUGGGUGGACCCAUUCGAAGUGUCCUACCGCAUCGGAGAGGACGGCUCGAUCUGCGUGCUCUACGAGUCCCAUCCCAGCACCAACGGAAACCCCAGCGUCACCACUGGAAACAGCAACCCCGCCGCCUCUGUCGCCCAGGUAUCCCCUAUGGUGGACAGUCACAUCAGCUGCAAGGAGGAACUACUGGUUUUGGGCCGCACCAGCCCCGCUAAACCAUACAUGAUGACUGUGUCCAGCUAAAUGGAUCACAGAAGUCAUUUUUAAAAAAUAAAAAGAGAGAAGAAGAAGAAAAAAAAAAACAGGAUGUGUCCUAUCGUCCAGGUGAUGGAAACCUCAUAGGUUUAAUUUUCACUCGUUUGGUUGUCUGUUCUGUUAUUGUGUUGGAUCUACCAGAGGCUUGACCCUGGGGCAGCUAAUGAAGACCUGAAACAUCGCCCAGCCCCCACCCCAGCGGCGACAGUCCUGGGGCGGCUUUUUCCACCAUCGCUGAUGUUGACUUUGCACUUUCGCUUUCAUGGUUUAUGUUUGCAUAAACUCCCUCUUAAAUGUUAAGGAAUUACGCUCAGAAUCCUGUUUUAUCAUUUCAGUUCGGUGUCGAGCUAAAGCCCAGACCCGAGUAGCCCCGCCAGACCCGAGUAGCCGCUACGAGCCUCUUUUUUGCUAAAAACCUCACUUUUUGGACCACAAAGCGGUACUUUUGUCUCUUUUACUCGGUGUCUGGUACGCAACCGGGCCUUGUUUUGGGCUUCAGGUCGACGCGAACCGCCUCCAUCCGCAGUGGAAUAUCUGUGUCAUACUGUUACCCACGCUAGCCGUCGAUGGCACUGUGAUGCAAAGGUUCUCAUGCUUGUAGCUUUUUCUAGGGGCUCCCUCCUGGAUGAAUGUAAUUUCUAACAAAACAGAGAAAAAAAAAAACUUGCAGCGCAACAAAACAUUUGAUUUAUUUAAGCCCCCCGUCAUACCAAAAUGAAAGAUGUAGCAAAGUUUGUUUUUGUUUUUGUUGACUUGGAACAGAUGUGGUCUUUACUUUCUGCCUGGUUUAGAAAGGACGUUGAAUGCACUUUGCCAUUUUAGACUGUGUGGGAUGACGUUUCGCUUCGACCCUACUGCAUUCCAUCGCGUACCUCUUCGCUUGUGACUUGGUUGCAAUAUUUCCGGGAGACUUUUGUUCUCUCUAGACGCUUUUAUCCUUGCGAAUGACUGAUUUAGGCUGUUAGAGAUUAGCUCUCUGUCUCUAAGACUCCAUUUAAGGCCAGUACGGGGCAAGAGACAACAGACGGGCAAGAAAAGCGGACCAAUGUCUUGCAGAAUCGCAGGGCCAGUGAUGCUCGCUUGUUACAGAGGGUCUCCCGACGCACUUUCCAGCCAGUCGUCUAGGAGUGCGCCGUCAAAACAUAUCACCUCCCUCCAUUGGCUGGACGAAGGAGGGGGUAGGACCCUCACAUCAGGGCAGCUACAAUCCUCUCCGGCCCCCUUCUCGCAGCCUGGAGGAGAGUAUUUAUGCCAGCACACAUCCCGAGCGCACUCCAAAACCUACUGAGCCUUACAUUCAAGGCCGAGUCGGGACGGGAAGAGACAUGCGGUGUGCUUCUGGUUCUGGCCGAUUCUGUUUACAUUGGGUGGAAAUAUGCGGGUUGGGACUGAACUUGCCUUAGCCGCUAAACUGCCGAGAUAAGGUGCUGAUGAUCAGUCCUGAGUGUGCUAAUACUUUUGACCCAUGGGUAUCGUCGGGUUGUCGUUGCACUGCCGUCCCUUUCUGUGUUGUUUUGGUCCGUUUUUAAAUCAAAUUGACUUUUUAAGUGCGGGUCGAACCUGGACGCAGAUCGCCAUCCCACCCUUCUGAAUGCUUUGAACUCUGAGAGGCGGCCCCCUUCGCCCGAAGGUUUUAACACUUUAAGGCUUAAAGCUUUUUAACCUCAUUCUGGUGAUCGUAACCAAAUUGGAACAGACAAAUCGAGUGCUUUUUAGAUCUAGAUGCUACAAACUACUUUACCCCGUCCCCCACCUCCACCGAAAGAACAUCAGCAAACCGUUCUCUCCGUUUCGGUAAUCGUUUGCACACAAGUUUUAAGUAUCGUCGUGAGUCUAAACUCGGAGGCAAGAGCACAUGAAAUGCACUAAUAGGUUAAACAUUGAAGUUAUGUGACUUUGAGACCGACGCGUCUCGAUUGGAAUGUAUUGCCAAGCUCAGGCCACAGACAUUCAUUAAAACCCGUAAGGAUGUGCAGGUUAAAAUGUGAAAAACAGAAGGGAAUGAUUCGGUUAGGAAUUUUGUCGGUCAUUUCAGAAGUGAUUCACGUUAUUGCCACUUUCACAUCUGAGGUGGUUCCAUAUUUGUAGAAUGUAUUGUUAUUGUACAACAUAUGGUAGAGUAAGUACAUAACCAUACAAAUGGGAAGUGCCAAUAAUUGAUAUUUUGCUGUGUGUAGACGUGUUCCUUUUUGUAUUUCAUAUUUUAACAUGAAUUCCUCUUUCAUAAGUGAAGCCAUUUGUGUUAGGAGUGUUGGAGAGGACCAAAGUUGUUUUGGUAAAAAAAAAAAAAAAAAAAAGAGAUAUAUAUAUAUAUAUAUAUAUAUAUCUCAGUUUCCAUGCUCUGUGCUGAUAGACUUUCCUUGUUUUUGUUUUCUUAUCUUUUCUUUCUUUUUUUUUUAAUUAAAAGAAAAAAAAGAAAAAGAAAAAAUUCUGAGCAACCCAAGAUAAAGCUGUCUGUAUCUUGUGAUUUUUCCCGUCUGUACAUCUCUUGUGUUCAUUCUUUUUCUCAUUCUUGGGUAUGUUGUGAUGAACUGCUGUAAAUUUGUACAGUUCAUGUAAAUUGAUUGUGCGGAAGUUGUACAGAUUUCUAUAUUUUGGAAGAAAAGUUUUUUUCUCUGUAAUAAAAGAUUUCCUAUCUUGGCAAUGUU